CGCACAAGGCUGUGUUUUUUUUAUGAAUGAACAGCCUCAGGAGCGUGAGAAAAGCCAAGAUGAAGAUGAGGAGGAUGAUGUCAGAGCGCCCCCCCCUCCUCCCACGCACCCCCACCUAAAAACCGCCUCAGACCGCACCGCUUCAUUCCAGCCUCCAUGUUCGUGACACGGAGGCAAGCGGCUCCACUCCACUCCCGCAGCGCCAUCAAAUAGGCUCGCCCUGACAACGUUGCCGUGGAAACCCCUCAUCACGUCUCCUCCUCCUCGCGCACGCCCACGCCGCACGCAUCGACACGAGCGGUAUUCCCGCCGCGCCCCUUCUUGCCGUGCCUGAUGAAUAAUCCAUGUGGAGGCAGCUGGCUCCACGGAAGGCAUGCCAUGUGCAUUUAGGGAUGCUCUCCCGCUCAGAUGAUGGACUUCUUCACGUGGAGGCCAUCUGACCCCGCCGACUUGUUUUUGAGGAAGGCGACAGCCAUGUUCCUACUGACCUCUACCAAUUCCCCGUACGCGCUGAACGCCGCGUGACGCCUUCGUCCCCGGCCCCCCCGUGGAGGACUUACGGCUUAAAGGAAGACGUCGCCAUGUUCUGCUUCUGUUUCCAGAGCCCGUCCCUCAAGCUGCAAGCCCUGGAGGCGGACACGGGUCCCCCUAACCCAGCACCCGAGGACCAGAAGAGCCUGCCAGCCCACCGCCAGCCUCCCUCCAGUCACACGCCGGUUCUCCACUCGCCUCCGCCAGUGGAGCGCCCACAGCCUGUCGACUCCUCGCCAUCCGGUCCUGCGUGCUCCCCCGCCCCGCCACCGUGGGGCGAUGAGGAGCCCCUGUCCAGCUCUCCGGGCUCCACCAGCAGCCCUCCUCUCCUCUCCAGCCUCACCACCAGCGAGUGUCCCGUGCCGUCGCCGCGCUGCCCCAACCUGAGCGGCAGUCUGCGCUACAACCUGGACCCCGACAGCGCCCCCUCGCCGCCGUGCUCGCAGCACAUCCGCAUGGCGCGCUGCAGCGUCCGCGCCGAGCCUGAUGACGCCGCCUCGUCCGUGUCGGUGCUGAAAAGACACGUUCAGACCUUGAGGAAGAGGAUCCGGCAGCUGGAGGAGCAUUUUGAGCAGGAGAGGCUGAAGCCGUCCUCCUACGACAAGACCGCACACCCGGAAGUUGCCAGACUGAUCAAGGAGCUCCUGAAGAGCCGCAAGCAGCUUAAAGAGCUCAAGCUGUGUGACGUAGAGGCCGACGUCCUGAGGGGGUCUUUGAUGGCCCCGAGGGAGUCUGGACUCUCAGGACCUGAGCUGGAACACAUCAACAACAGCAGCAACAGCGUGGAGGACACUCUGCACGUCAUGGCCAGCAGGCUGAAGGACCGGAGACGAGAGCUGGGACUGCCGGACAGCAUCCAGGACAUGAACCAUCACCAGAUGAGCUUGGAGAAGUCCAGCCUGCAGAAGUGUCUCCUCUACUUUGAGAGUCUGCAUGGACGUCCGAGUACAGUUCAGGAAUGUUCCGUCAUCAAGCCUUUCUAUGAUCGCUAUCACGUCCUCAAACAGCUGCUGCUCCCCUCCUCCUCCUCACCCACGCUCAUCACCACCAUCGAGGAAGAGGAGGGUUCUGAUGAAGAGCCAAACCCCACACCAGGAAGUGAGUCAUUGGGGGCGCCGCUCUCUGCUCCCGCCGUGGAGAUAUCCCACACACCUGUGGUGUCUCCCCUGGAGGAGGUCAAGUCUCUCCAGAUGCAGGUGGUCACCAUGGCAACGCUACAUGAGGCCUCCAGAUCUGAAUUAUUAGACCACCUGAGGAUCACACGCUUGGAAAAACGAAGGCUUCAUCGAGCGCUUCGAGAGUUUGAAGACCUUUUCUACACGCUGAGUGGCAGGGUCUGUCAAAAGGACGACCGCGGCCCUAUGGCAGAGGAGUACCGCCAGUACAAGAACCUCAAAGCAAAGCUCCGCCUCCUGGAGGCUCUGCUCAGUAAAAAAGAGGAAAGAGCCAAGAGCAGCUGAGCUCCUCACAGUGUCCAGAAGAAAUGAUGCACUUUACAGGAAGAUGGAAGUCCAAAAAGCACAAGAUGGCGCGACGUGUUAGUUAUGUAGCGUACUUCCUUACUUUAUUGUACACCAUGAUUAGUGGAUUUAUGGCACUUUGCUCACAGUGUGAAAUAUGCAUAUCUUGGCAAAAUAAACCUAUGACGGAGUAUUGGGGCCACCGUGACAAGUCCAGGGGAAAAUAGAUAAGUCAUGUGAGAGAAGAAGGAGAAGGUUGCAAUAUUGUGAGAAUAAAAUCGAAUGUGGUGGCUAGGGAUGAUGUUCCAAACGGUUCUCCCGGUUGUUCGAUAAGAAAAGAACCGUUCGAUAAAAAAAGAACCGAUUCCAUGGACUCCAAUCCCUUUUUGAGAACCGGUUCCCGUUAUCGAGGCCACUAUAGUAAAGAAAAAAAAUUGGUUCUUUAUACAAAUCCCUGGGAACGAAUCCCGUCCAACAGGAAAUGCCCUGUGGGACAUCACAGGAAAUGACGCAGCUCAGUCAUUAGACUGGGCUACAUAAUUUCCUGUGAUGUCACACAAGCAGUAAAAAUAAUGGACCGGAAAAAACGCCUCGAGGCAUGGCUAUUCACAUAUAGUGAGCACAGAGACAGCUUGUUUUUGUGUUACUGUUUAUAUUUGUUUUUCUGAAAAAUCCCACUUAAUAUACACUACCGUUCAAAAGUUUGGGGUCACAUGUAAAUGUCCUUAUUUUUGAAGGAAAAGCACUGUACUUUUCAAUGAAGAUAACUUUAAACUAGUCUUAACUUUAAAGAAAUACACUCUAUACAUUGCUAAUGUGGUAAAUGACUAUUCUAGCUGCAAAUGUCUGCUUUUUGGUGCAAUAUCUACAUAGGUGUAUAGAGGCCCAUUUCCAGCAACUAUCACUCCAGUGUUCUAAUGGUACAAUGUGUUUGCUCAUUGGCUCAGAAGGCUAAUUGAUGAUUAGAAAACCCUUGUGCAAUCAUGUUCACACAUCUGAAAACACUUUAGCUCGUUACGGAAGCUACAAAACUGACCUUCCUUUGAGCAGUUUGAGUUUCUGGAGCAUCACAUUUGUGGGCUCAAUUAAACGCUCAAAAUGGCCAGAAAAAGAGAACUUUCAUCUGAAACUCGACAGUCUAUUCUUGUUCUUAGAAAUGAAGGCUAUUCCACUAAAUUGUUUGGGUGACCCCAAACUUUUUAACGGUAGUGUACUUUGGGUAACAACAGUCAAUAUUUUUUUUAUUUUUUUUUGGGGGGGGGGGGUAACAGUCAAUAUUUAUUCAUUUAUUUUAUUUUAUUUUCUUCUUAUAAAAUAAAAGUGAGCUUUUGUUAAACCAAAUAUUGUGUUUUUUUCCAUAUACAACAACCUAUCUGGAUUCGAUAAGAGAUUCGAUAAGGAAUCGGUUCGAUAAGAGGAUUCGAUAAUGGGCUCAAACUCGAUCAUUUCUUAUCAAACAUCAUCCUUAGUGGUGGCUAAUAUUUUUUAGAACAGUCAUAAUAUUACAAGGAGGAAGUCCAAAUAUGUUAACAGUCAUAUUUUUAAAAAGUCACAUUACAUGAAUAUUUUUGGAGUCCUAUUUACAAACAUCAGCUUGUAAAUGACUGGGACAAAGAAGUAAAGAGUUAUAUUACCAGAGUUAAAUCCUACGUUCACAUUAUUGUAUUACAACAGAAAAGUUCCACUAAUAAUACUUUGUAGUCAGUGUGGCCCUGCUACUCCUUUUAGGACAUGUUGCAUUUCUGCUUUGUGCCGUCUUUUCUAAUGUCAUUCUUCUUUUUAUGAACAGUGUUCAUAAUCACUAAUCCCUCCUGCUCCAUAGAACACUCUCUAUAUACUGGAUAUGUACAGAUGAAUGUCUCCAUAAAAAAUAAAUAUUUUUCCACAUUUA